CCCCUUUCUUCUGCAACUUCCAGCCUUCUCUCUUUCUCUCUCUUCUUCUCUCUCUCUCUCAAUCUUUGAGUGUGUGUGAGUGUGAGUGCGUGUAGGAGCAGGCAUGGAGGAUAAUUCAAAGCAGCCACUUCUUGUACACGAGGAAGAAGACCAAGUCCCGGAUCUUAUCUCCGUGCCGAGGUACUCGUUCCAGAGGCUAUCGAACUUGUCGUUCUUCUCGUCGUUCGUCGCCGACGAAGAUGACAUUGCUCCGAUCGAGAGCUUUGGUGGGUUUAUGUCAGCGUUCAAGGAGGAGUCGGGCAAGCUCUGGUACUUGGCGGGCCCAGCUAUUUUCAGCUCCGUUGCCCAGUACGCACUCGGUGCCAUGACUCAGACCUUCGCGGGACAUGUCGGGACCCUUGACCUUGCCGCCUUCUCCAUCGAGAACUCUGUCAUCGCCGGUUUAUCUCUCGGCGUUAUGCUGGGAAUGGGAAGCGCGGUAGAAACCCUCUGCGGACAGGCCUUCGGGGCCGGGCAGCUGGACAUGCUGGGCGUCUAUUUGCAGAGAUCAUGGAUCAUCCUCCUCGCCACCGCAUUCGUCAUGAUGUUUCUCUACAUCUUCGCAUUACCAUUCUUGCUAGUAAUCGGGCAGACGCCAAGCAUCUCGCGGACCGCCGGAAAGUUUGCCAUCUGGAUGAUUCCUCAGCUCUUUGCCUACGCCUUGAAUUUCCCGACGGCCAAGUUCUUGCAGGCCCAGAGUAAAAUCUUGGCCAUGGCCGUGAUCUCCGCGGUGGCGUUGGUGUUGCACAUACUCUUCAGCUGGUUGCUGAUGCUGAAACUCGGGUGGGGGAUGGCCGCCGGCGCGGCGGUGCUGGACGCUUCUUGGUGGUUCAUCGUCAUAGCCCAAGUGAUUUACAUAUUCAGCGGGACAUGUGGUAAAGCGUGGCCUGGAUUUACCUUGAGGUCAUUUCAAAACAUCUGGGGUUUUGUGAGACUGUCUCUUGCAUCAGCCGUUAUGUUGUGCUUGGAAACCUGGUACUUCAUGGCAUUGGUCCUCUUUGCUGGAUAUCUCAAGAACGCAGAAGUUGCUGUAGCUGCUUUGUCUGUAUGCACGAACAUACUAGGAUUGACAAACACUAUUGCAGUCGGAUUCAACGCAGCAAUAAGUGUAAGAGUGUCGAACGAAUUGGGAGCAUCUCAUCCAAGAACUGCUAAAUUCUCAGUGGUGGUGAUGGUGAUAUCGGUGUUCUUGAUUGCCCUCAUGAGUUCUGUCAUCCUCCUCGUCUUUCAAGAUGAAUACCCUUCUUUAUUCUCCGACAGCCCUGAUGUCAAAGAAGUCGUAUAUGAACUCACACCUCUCCUCGCCUUCUCCAUUGUUGUUAACAGCAUUCAGCCGGCCCUGUCAGGAGUGGCGAUCGGAGCCGGAUGGCAAGGUUUGAUUGCCAAAGUCAACAUCCUGUCCUACUAUGCAUUCGGUGUUCCCCUCGGUCUCGUGAUGGGCUAUAAACUCGACAUGGGAGUCAAAGGCAUAUGGUACGGAAUGGUAGCAGGAACAGUUGUACAAACAUUGGUCCUCUUUUGGAUUGUUUACAGAACUGACUGGAACAAAGAGGCGUCGAUUGCUGCUAGAAGGAUCAAAUACUGGAGAGGGGAGACAGAAGCUGCUAAAGCGAAGGACGUCGAGAAAGUUGCAAAUCAAACAGAAGAAGUUCAAUGAAAUUUACGGGGCUGCAACUUUCGACGAAAUUUUUUAUUUUUUCCUUUUUUUGGUAAUUAAAAAGAUAGUGAAGAGGGGGUGUGAUGGAUGAUGCAUUGGAUGUUAGUUCUUGGCGCUGUAUGUUGUGAAUGAGUGAUCGAUGGGGAUGGAUGUGCCUCAUCAUAGUGAUGAGUUUGUACAUGUUAUGGGUUAUAAACCAUUUGCUCACAUUUCAAUUUUCGUGUUCUUACCUUUGCUAAAUAGUGUAAUAAAUUAAGUCAACUUACCUUUGUA